AGCGAGUGUAAACACAAAGCGAGCCGAGGAGCAGCGCGCGUCCGCGGCGGCUCCGCCAUGGCUCCUCCGGCGAUGCGCGUUCACGGCUGCUGUGCGAGGACGCUGUGCUUGCAGCUGCUGCUGUGGAUUUUAUGUUCCGUGAACGGAGAGGAGCAGCCGUUCAGCGUGGAGGCAUGGCUCCAGAGGUAUGGCUACCUUCCUGCAGCAGACCCCAGAAUGUCAGUGCUGCGCUCUGCCCGAGUCAUGCAGUCUGCUAUCGCUGCCAUGCAGCGCCGCUACGGCCUCAACAUCACAGGGACUCUGGACAGCCACACUGUAGAGUGGAUGAAGAAGCCCAGAUGUGGUGUUCCCGACCAGAUAGGGGGUGCAUCCAGAUUCAGUGUCAGGAAACGGCGGUACGCCCUCACAGGACAGAAGUGGCAGCACAAACAUAUCACAUACAGCAUAAAGAACGUGACGCCCAAGGUGGGUGCGGAGGAGACCCACGAUGCCAUCCGACGAGCCUUUGACGUUUGGCAAAACGUGACGCCGCUGCGCUUCGAGGCUGUGGCCUACAGCGAACUGGAGAGGACCAAGAAAGACGUAGACAUCACCAUCAUGUUUGCUUCAGGUUUCCAUGGGGACAGCUCGCCCUUUGAUGGCGAAGGUGGCUUCCUUGCUCAUGCCUACUUCCCUGGACCGGGAAUAGGAGGCGACACGCACUUUGACUCUGAUGAGCCGUGGACGCUGGGAAACCCCAACCAUGACGGUAACGAUUUGUUCCUGGUAGCGGUCCACGAGCUCGGUCACGCUUUGGGCCUCGAGCACUCCAAUGAUCCUACGGCCAUCAUGGCUCCUUUCUACCAGUACAUGGACACGGACAACUUCAAACUGCCCAUGGACGACCUGCAGGGCAUCCAGAAGAUUUAUGGGCCUCCCGAUAAGGUUCUCCAGCCCACCAAGCCUUUGCCGACAGCGCCCCCACCCCGCUCUCAUCUUCCCUCAGACCCCCGUAAGCCAGACAGGCAGACGCGACCUCCGAGGCUGCCCCCAGGGGACAGGCCGUCCCACCCCAAUGCUAAACCCAACAUCUGCGAUGGUGGCUUCAACACGCUGGCCAUCCUCAGGAGAGAGAUGUUCGUCUUCAAGGACCACUGGUUUUGGCGGGUGAGAGAUAACUCUGUGAUGACCGGGUACCCAAUGCUCAUCAGUAUCUUCUGGAGGGGCCUGCCACCCAAGAUAGACGCCGUCUACGAGAACAACGAGGGCAAGUUCGUCUUCUUCAAAGGAAAGCAGUUCUGGGUGUUUAAGGACACCGUCUUGCAGGCUGGAUACCCGAAGGACAUCACCCAGUUUGGCAAUGGCAUGCCGGCCCAGAGCAUCGACACGGCCGUGUGGUGGGAGGACGUGGCCAAGACCUACUUCUUUAAAGGGGACAGGUACUGGCGCUACAACGAGGAGAUGAGAACCAUGGACCCCGGCUAUCCUAAACCAGUCACAGUGUGGAGAGGUGUGCCUGACUCGCCACAGGGGGCCUUCGUCGACAAAGCCAAUGGUUUUACCUACUUCUACAAGGGGAAGGAGUACUGGAAGUUCAACAACCAGUUCCUCCGGGUGGAGCCGGGCUACCCACGCUCCAUCCUCAAGGAAUUCAUGGGCUGCGACCAGAUGCCCAUCGACCCCGGCCGCCCGCCGACUGACGACGGCAACACGGACGUGGUGAUCGAGCUGGACAACGAGGCCAACACGGUGAAGGCCGUCGCCAUCGUCAUCCCCUGCGUGCUCGCGCUUUGCCUAGUGGUGCUGGUGUACACCGUGGUGCAGUUCAAGAGGAAGGGCACGCCGCGUCACAUACUUUACUGUAAGCGCUCCAUGCAGGAGUGGGUCUGAGACAAGCGGACGGACGAGCGGGCUGGGCAAGGGGGCGUGAGGAGAGACUGGUGAAAACAGGAAGGCAAGCCCCCACUUUCACAAGGACAAGGACGGUGGACUUCUAUUGGACGACGCUCAGCCACGCCGCCUCGGUUUGGGUGAUCUGUUGCUUCGCUCUGACCCGCAGAAGCCGCCCCUCUGGACUUAAAGUUGACUCCUCUAACCCCGGCCUUUUUACAAACAAAGGGGGCAGGGGGCACUUUGUGGAGAGGUUGGUCUUUACCUGAAUGACCUUGAGUCCCGGUCCCAAAAAAAAACAAAAAAAACAUGAGGGUCGGCAUCACUUUGUAUCUCAGACUUCCUGUCCCCUCCCCCUUUUCUCCGUGUGGCCGACUGCUCGUACCCAGAGGCGGGGACGUUCAAGGGGGACGCUGCAUCUGCAUCUGUCAUAUCAGGUCGUUGAUUAAACAGCAGUUUUAUAUUUUUUCCGAUCUCUGUGCCCCCCCCUUCCCCCAACCCAC